AUGGAUAAGAAUAGGGAUUAUAGCAAAGAAUUCAUAUUAGCUGAUUUUCCAUUUAAGGCAUCCAGGACCAUUUAGUAAAUGGUUCAGUUGCGAUAAAAAUUUCCUAAUGUUUCAGGAAGUUCUAAAUAAAAUGUAGAGUAAAAGAAUUUUUAACGAGGUGUUCGAAGGACUAUGUCUACAUUUAAAAUACCUUAAAGCAUGUAUAUUGAUACAGAUGAUUUUUACCUAAAGCCUGAAGAAAUAAGAACACAGCUUUCCUUAAGUUCAAAUAAAUCAGCCUUUGACUUUAAAUCCUAGAGAACUGAUUUAAACAGAACAAAAAAAUAUAGAGAUACAAAUUAAUAGAUGUACGCCAGUUAAUAAAUAUUUAAAGAUAUAACGAUAUAAAUGACUGAUCCAGUAUAUAAAUUAAAUAAAGAAAAAUUAAAAGAAAUGAAUAAGCAAGGCAUUUAGAAAGCUGAACUGCAGCUUCAAUAACAAUAACUUUAAAUGUUAAAGCAGUAGAAUUAAGAUGCUUCUAUUUAAUAAAUUGGUAAAAUUGGGAUUAAUGAAAGUAAGUUGCAAUUAAGCGAAUAAAAAGGAAAGCUAGAAUCCUCUAAAUUAAUGAGUGUAUCAAAAAUUUAAAUAUAAUCAAAGAAAACUAUACCAACUGAGUUUCUGAAUGAUUCAAUAGGAAAUCAAAAUAAUUCUAUUUCAGUCAUUUAAAAUUAGGAGUUUUACUCAAAUAUUCCCUAGCAGAUUCAAUCAAAGCAUUAAAUUUAAAACUUGUUGCAUUAAAUUGAACAGAAUAAUAAAUAACUUAAUGAGUAUUAGUUAAACUAGAGCUAACAUUUAAUUCCUUCUUAAGAAGAUAUUAAAUUCGAUUAAGACUAAAGUAUUAUGGUUAAAAAAAACCCAAUAUUUAAAAGCAAAAAAUUUUUUGGAAGAAAAAGUAGCUGCAAUUCAAUAAAUUUAUCUAAAUAGAAAGAUACUACGUUUUAAAUGAAUUAAACUGUAAUUAAUUAAACUCAAAUUCCAGCCAAUUAAAUCUUUGUAGAUGAGAGCUCUAUGAUUGGGAAAAAAACCGAUAAUUUAGUAGAUAAUACAAUGAUUAAUCCAAUUCUUUCUUUCUAAACUGAAUUAGAUAUGAGACCAUCUAAUCCUAUAGCUGGAUCAUCAAUAGGGUAUUUAGAUUAGAGAGAAGGUGAUACAACAAUGAACAACAACCCUUUUUUACAAGAUGAAGAUUUAAGCAUUUUAGUUAAUUAAACAGGAGAUGAACUCUUAAUUAUAAAAAUUCCAAAUCUACAAAAUUAUAAAAUUCAACCUCUUGAAUUAUUUGACUCAUAUUUAAAUUAAGAUCCAGAUCCUCUUUAAUUAAUCAAGGAAUCCUCUAUAAGAGCAUACUCUAGAUGGGUAAAGCCUGAUGGAGAAAGUGUAUGGAAGGAUUGCUAAGUCAUUAAAUAUAAUCCAACUACAAAAAGAUUCUUAAUUAAAUGGAUAUCAAAUGAUCGUAUGAAAGAGGUAACAAGAUUAAAUCUGAUGUAUGAAUGGGAAAAUGAAGAGAUGAUGAAUAAGAGAAAUAAAGAGGCUUUAAAAAAAAGAGAGUAACUUUUGUAUUAUAUGGGCAUGAAAAUAUUUGUUAAUGAAGAAAAAGGCUAAGAUAAAUCUAUUUACUAUUCAAAACAGACUUUGCUAAAUGUUAUUGAUAAAGUAUUUAAUUCUAAAAAUUCUAGAAAGCUAAAGAGGAUGAACUACAAAAGAGUAGUAGAAGAGAUACUUGAAAUGUUUAAGUACGAAGUAAUUAAGUUUGCAUGUGAAAUAAAUACUGUGCCUUCUCUUGACCAUUUCUUUGAGGCAUAUUUUCCAGAAUUAAAGCAAUCACUAAAAAAAAAACAAAAUCUUUUAUAUGAUGUUGUUAUGAAUUGUUAAAACUACCCAGAAAGAUUGUUAGAAGAAUAAAAAGUAUAAAAUAAAAAAAAGACUGACUAAAGCACCUUGAUAAAGCAUAAGACUUUUCAAAGCUUGCACCUAGAGAAUUAGAAAGAGCAUGAUGAAUACCUACCUUUAGAAAAUGACAAUUAGAAUUAAACUCAAAAUAUUAUUAAGGAGUAAUAUAAAAAUCUAAAAAAAUCUAAAUUACAUAAGACCCUUUAGAGCAAUAGUCAAAAGAAUAUACUAAACAGCACUUAACAUGAUGACCAAUCUAUAGAUAAAACGAAUUAAGAUGAAUAGCAAAAUAGUCAUAAAAAAAAAUCAGCAUUCUUCCAAAAUAUUUAAGGCCACUAAGAAAAAUAAACUAAUUUAGAAGUUUUAAAUGAAUCUGAUCAAAAAAAGUAAUUAGAAAAUGACACAAAUUAAAAUCUUGAAAAAACAAAUUAAAAUGAAGAAAAUAAUGAUUAGUUUAAGAUUAAUUUGGAAAAUAAGAGAAAUUCAUCUCUCUUUAUAUAAAGUAAUAAAUUUACAUUCUUUAAAUCAGCUAACAUAACUUAACCAGGAUCUAUAAAUGGUAUUAGUCAGAUAAAUUUCAAAAGAUCUUAGUAUCUGCUCUCGCCAGAUACUAAUGAAUUUAUAUCCUUAAGACAGACUCAGUAAGAAGAGAUGAGCCAAAUCGACUCUAUACUCAGCCAAGUUAAAUUUAAUGAUUAUGAAUUUUUAACAGAAGAGGUUUACACAUUUAACAUCAAAAGAUAGCUUGAAGUGUAAGAAAAAGAAUUACAAACUCCAAAAUAGGAUGACCACAAUGUUUUUAAAUACACUUAAUCUGAGAAAUUAAACUAAAAAGAUAAAGAGAAUAAAUUAAAUUUGGAAAAAGCUUAGAUAUUCUUUUAGCAUUACGCUAUCCCACAUCCUUACUUUCCUUUUUUGAAAGAAAAACUUUUACAAAACUUCUAUUUCUCUAAUGAAUAUCAUAACACUGUCUUCAAAAGAAUAGUUCCAAAUAUUGCAAAGAGAAUAUAGGAACUUAGAUCGGUUAACAUAUUCUAAUUUAUAAAAGAAAUAAAGUCUCCAUAUUAAUUGCCAUCAUUAUUUACUCUUUCUUAAAUGAAUAGUAUUGUUAAGCAGAAAAUAUCAAACCUAAGUAAAAAUGUAGAAAAGUUUGAAAUUAUGAUAUACGAAAUGCAAACACUCAAUAAAAAGAAAAACUAGUAAGAUAGUAAGAAAUACUUUUUAUGGACUGACUAGUUCUACUAAAGCUUUGUAGAUUUAACUGUUAAGGUUGUACAGUCUCAUCUUAUAGAUAUGAUAAGAGAGCAAAUAGAAGAGUUUAGAUAAUAAAUUAACUUAUUUUUUUCUAUCAUUCCUUUUGAGUUUUUGUAGCAUGAAUUAAAAAUAGAUCAUAUUUAUAAAAAAUAAUUUGAGAGUUAGAAGAAAUGUUUCUUAAGAGAAUCUAAUGAAGUUUACAAAUAAUUAUUAAUUAUAGCACCCUCAGUCAAGUUUAAAAAAAUAGAAAAAAGCAAUGAGUCUUUACAUCAAACCUAAUAAUUUUUUAACACAAGCAAAUAAGAAUUAGAUGUGUCUAAAACUUUAAUAACUUAGCAUGUAAAAGCAAGACGAAGCACAUUAAGAGAGUUUAAUUUAGCUUCUUUUUCACUAGGAUCUGGAAAUUAAUCUUUAAUAAAUAAUUCUUCGAUUGUGUAAGAUAAUGAAGUUUAGUAAUUAAUGGAAGAGUGCUGGCCUUUCUACAAAGAAGCAAACAUUAUUUAUAAAUUAUAUAGAUAGAUUGUUAAUCUUCUUUUGACAGAUAAAUUAACGCACAUAAGAUUUGAGAAAAUUGAUUCAAAAAUAUUGAAACCUAUUUAUAGGAUCAAAGCCAAAUUCUUAAAUGAAAAAAUACCAGCUGAGAAAAAACAGUUAGACAAUAUAACUAAGAGAAUAAAUUUCAAAAGACUGUAAAAUCUAUCUAAUAUGGAAGAUAUGAUAGAUAACGGAAGAGAAAAGUUUUGGAAAUUGGAGGAGCUAAAUGCUACCAUGAAGGACAUAUUUUAGGAAAUAGCAUGUAGAAACUUUGAAGAAAUAGACCCAAACACAUAUUUUGAAUCUAUAAAAGAUAAAACUAUUACUAUAAAGAAAAUGGGCUGGUUUAAUCUUAACUGCUUUACUAUCGUGUAUGAGCCUAGCUUACCAGAGUUUGAAUCUAGGUUUAAGCUUUUAAUCAAGGAUAUUUUUGAUUAGAUUUGCAAAAUAAACAUAUAUUACAGGAAGGAUCAUUUAAUAAAUUACUCAGAUAUAUAAGAAAAAUUGAAUUCUUUGAAUGACGAUAUAGAAGAAUUUCUCACCUACUCAUUUUAUGGAUUAUAUUCAUUCUUUAUUGUAUUGCAAAGAUUUGAAUUCUAUUUUCUUUAUUCUCACAAAUAUGAAAGGUAUUUGUAAAAGAGAGUAGAUACUGAUGAAUUGGAAAUAGUAUUUUCUGAAGUUGAUAAAAUGGAAAGUGACCUAAGCUUUUUGAAAAAUAGAUUAUUAGAUGAAAUGCCAAUAGGAGUAUUUUUAAUUGACACUAAAGAGUUCAAAGAAACGCUAAUCACAGAAAUAAAAUAAAAAAUAGCUUUUUCUAAAAAAAUUUUAAAGGAAAAAUUUAAAAAAAGUAUUGAGUCUUGCAUGGCUUUAGGAGAAAAAAUUUUAACCAAAAUGUAAGAUGAACCAAAAGAUGUUAGGGAAUACAUUAAACUAAGUUUAUAUUUGUAGGGGGAGGAGCUAUUUGCAGAUUUUAAUAAUAUGUUAAACCUAAUUCAUAUCAGCUAAAAUAUUAUUGAAAAACAAUAAUUACUCCUUAUAGACAUAAGCCAAGAAGAUCUUGUUAAAAUUAUAGGGGCUGAAUUGAUUCAUAGAGAAGUUGUUGAUUUAAAGAACAAAAAAGAUGAAAAACAAGAAAAAGAACAUCCCAAAUUUAUUUAAAUGCACUUAGAAGAAAAAGAGAAAGUUAAGAAAAAAAUAGAAGAAGUAAAAGAAAAAGUAGAAUAAAUUAGGAAGAUUAGUAGUUUUAGUUUAGUAGAAUAAUAAUCAAGAGAUUGUGAGGCGGUCAUAACACUCCUCUAUCAAUUAAGACAAUAAGUGAGAUAGCUUCAAUAAGAUGGAAUUAAUUUAGGUUUAGGAUUUGAUUCUGAAAUAGAUAUAGAAAAAUUGACAGAAGAUUUUGAAAAUUAUGAGAAGAUAUGGUAAUACACCUAAGAUUGGACAACAAAAAAACAGAUUUGGUUAUUCAAACCAUUAAUAAACUCAAGCUAAAAUGCAUAGUGCUUACAAAUCACAGAUAUCAGGGAUAUAUCCUACACUUUAGAAAGAGGAAAUAAAGUACUUAGAGAAGUAGAACCUUUCUUUUAAUAAGAAAAUCCUGAUAUACUUCCUCUUAUAGAAGCUAUUAGUCAAGAAAUCACAGACUUUUAAUCUGUAUAUGAACUUCUAGUCUAAGUGAAAGAUGAAUCAUUUAAAGUUCAACACUGGCAUCAAAUAUUUGACUUCAUUUACGAUAAAGAUGAAGAAAAGAGAAAAAAAAUGAAGAGAAUGGAUGAUUAAACUAAUUUUAACCUAUAUAAUCUCAUUUCUGACGGAGUGUUAGAUUAUAUCUAAAGCAUCAAAGUCAUCGCAGUUGAAGCUAAAGAUGAAUUCAAGAGUUAGCAAAGUGUCAGCUAUAUUGAAUAGGAGUUUUCUAAUUUAAAAUUUUAAUUACACAACUACUUUUCCACUUUAGUUAUUAUUGAUAUCAGAUAAAUCAUAGAUCGUUUAAGAAACGAAGAAUUCAAAGUAUAGGAAUUGCUUAGAAACAAAGCUUAUUAGAAAAAUGAUUAUUUAGAAAAACUUAAAAAGAUAAAACACUUUGUUAAGCAUACAAGGAAAGUGUUAAAAAUAAUUGCUAAAAUAUAAGAUUACAUAGUAAAAUUUGCCCCAAUCUUUAGAUUUAAAGAAAGCGAAUAAAAGUAUAAAGGAAUUGAAAUUUUAUUUCGUAAGGUUGUUUCUGAAUUUAAAAAGCAUACAGAAGAAAUAACAAAAAGAGGAAUGAGUUAUUUUAUGAAUUUGUUUUCUUUAGAUAACCCUGACAGCAAGAAUUAAUCAGAAAUAUUUGAAAUAUUUAUGCAAAUUUACUUAACCUGUGAAAAGAUUUAAAGCCAAGUCUACCAUAUAGUUAAUGCAGUCAGACAAACCCAUCCAAGAUAUGCUUUUGUUUCAGAUGAACUUAUUUUUGAAAUCUCUCAAUCUCUUUUUAUGCCUUAAGAAUUUUUAAAUAAAAUAAGUUUACUUUUUCCUGGAGUCAAAGAAUUCUAAUGCUAACCUUUAAGUGAUGAUCCUUAGAGUGGUAACGAGAAUGUCUGGGAAAUAAAUAAAAUAAUUAACCAUUACGAUGAAGUGAUAGAAUUAUCCUUUCCUAUACCAUAUGUUCUCAAGUAUAUGGAAAAACCUCCAAAUUUGGGUAUGGUGAAUUUAAUAGAAAGUGAAAUGAAAAAGUACCUUAGGUUCUAAAUCAUGUAGCAUCUUAAACCUGUUGCUUCAAAAAAUUAUAAUUAUUGGAAAAUAUGGAAUAACUUUUUAAUAAAAAAAUAUAUUAUCUUUUAAUCAUUCUAUCUUAUUAACGAUAUACUAUUUAUGCAUGACCUUACCAUGUUACUAUCAUUAGAAUAAAAAUAUUAAGAUAUAAAGCGCUUUUAUGAUCACCUUAAGUUGAAUUUUGAUGAUCUUAUUUCUUAUUAUCAGACAGUCAUCAAGGUUGGCUUAUCGACAACUCAAUCAAUUCAAUUUACUUAGGCAAUAAUAUAAAUUUAACAACAUCUAGACAUACUCUAAAGAGCUAUCAAAUAAGUAACCUUUUCUUUAAAUAGCUUUGAGUAUUUGAUUCUACCUAAAUUUACCCUUCAAAUUCCUAUCGAUGAAGGAGAUGUUUCAUAAAUGAUACAGUCGUCUAGAAAAACAAUUUAAGAAUCUCUUCAGCAAAAAUACGAUGAAGAAGAAGCAGAAAAAAAAUUAGAAGAAGGGCAUUUUACAACUAAUACAAAAAAAUCAAAUUAGGUGGUGCAAAUACAAUAAGUAUAAAAUUAGCAAAAUUAAGAAAUUGAAAUAAAUAAUUCUAACAUGCCAUUGAUAGCCUUUAAAUCAGAUUAUAUAAAUAGCAUUAAAAAAAGACCUUAAGAUUUAUAAAUUACUUUGAACUGCUUUUUCCACAAAAUUCCUUAUUCUUUUGAGCUUGUUCCUACAAUGAAUAACUUUAUAUUUACAGAAAAUACACUAAGAGUUAUUCACCAAGCAGUUGUCACUAUAUCUAGUAAUUUUAGUUGCAUAUUAAGAGGUUCUCCAAGCAGUGGUAAAAAGUCUAUUAUCAAUAGCUUAGCAGCUAUUCUUGGAAGAUCUAUUUUCGAAUGUAACUUCUAAAACUAGUCUCUUGCAAUAGUAGAAUAAAUACUUUUGAAUUCAGCAUCCUGUAACUAUUGGGUUAAUGUUACCAAUUUUGAAAAUCUGCCUUCAGCUACUCUAUCUUUAAUUGCAAACAUAUCUUUUUAGAUUCGUAAGACCAUUUCAAUGGGAACUUCAUAAUUAUCAUACUAUUCCAAGUGUGUAGAUGUGAGUUAAUAUUUUGGAUUGUUUGGUACUAUGAAUAUUCUUCCGUAACCAUCAGAUAUAUCAUUUUAGACAAUGCCAAAAAGUGUGCAAGAAUCUUUCAGAAUUAUAACAUUUUUAAAACCUGACUCGAAUGAAAUUAUAAAGAACUACUUGCUUAUAAUAGGGUUUGAUAAAGAAGAAGUUCAUGAAAAAUCUCAAAAACUUGUUUUCUUUUUUGAAUUUAUUUGUACAGUAACAAACAAUUAGCAAUUUUCUUACUCAAAGAAAUUGACUUACAUUGAUUUCUAAUAAAUUAUCCAUUAAAGAAGUGAAAAGUAAUAAAGAUUGAUAAGUUUAAAAUCAAUUUUAGUUAUACUUAGAAAUGCUCUAUUUUACAUGUAAGAAACACGCAAAUAAUAGACCCCAUACACCCAUAAAACAGCUCUCAAAUCUGCUAUUGAAAAUUACUUCAAAGGAAUAAUGCCAUCAGGAGCUUUUAACUAUAUGAAAAAUAUUUUUAAUAAGCUAUUUAUGGAAAUGAAUUCUCUUCAAAGUGUUGAGUAUGUAGAGUUCGUAAAAUAAUACAAUGAAUAAAUGAAUUAAUUCUUUGACUUUCAUAAGUAUCCAUUUUAAUCUUAAUUCUCAGAACAAGCCGGAAUUAUACUCCCUUUGAUCUUAAAAAAUGUUCCUUUGAUUAUUUAUGGUCCUCACUCUUCAAAAAAGAAUCUAUUUAUAUAAUUUCUGAGUUUCUUGGUGUCAGUUUCAAAAGAAAUAAACUUCAAUGUCAAUUUUUUAAAUGUUGACAGCGUUGAAAGAGAAACGUUGUUAUCUUCUAAAAAAGAAUUUGAUGUAGAUGACGAUAUUUAAGGAUCUAUUUUAUUUAAGUAAAAGAAAAAAGGAUUCUUAAAUUUAUUAAUUGAUACAAUGAAGAUCUAAAACAAUGAAAAUUCAGAAAUAAUUGAUACCAUGCUUGGAAAAUAGACUAUAUUUAGUACUUAUAUUGCUAAUACUAUAACUGAAAAGCUGAAAAACACAAAGAAAAAAGUAGUUGAAAGAUCACAAAAUGAUUGGAUUGUUGUAGAUGGAUGUGCUGAAUGUAUGAACUAGAUACCUCAAAAUCAUACUAUAGAGGAAUUAUUAGAUGGAUUUGAAAACAAAUAAUUUAGCUUAGGUGAUGGUGACUUCCUAAGAGUACCUUCUGCUGCUACAGUUGUUUUUUCUUUAGAGAAGCUACAAAAUAUAUCACCUUCUUCUUUUAACAAAUACAUGAUGUUCUUCUUUUCUAAUCAAAUGGUUAAGUUAAGUGAUGAAUACACCAGUUGGUAUUUGAGAAAAGUUCAAUAGAAUAACUUUUUUUCUAAAUUCCACACAAUAGUCAAAUCAAUGUUUGUAUAUUUCUUGGAGCCAUUCUUUUAAAUGAUUGAGAGCAUUCCUUCUUCACAUUUGAUUUUUAAGAGAAACCAAAAGAGCGAACUAAAAUGCUUUUUAGAUUAUUUAGAGAUAUUUUUAAACGAAAUACGUAAAUUUGAAAUAGCAAUAGGAGAGUAUGAAGCUGAAGGUAUGAAUCUCCCUUCUAAUAAUUUAAGAAGAGAGCGCAAGAAUCAUAUAACUUCAAGUUUAACAACAGCUCUCUCUUCUCGUUUAGAUAGAGGUAGUGGAAAUAUUGCUCCAUAAUUUACUUAAACUAACUAAAAUAAUUCAAAUGAACCAUUCAUUGAAGAAGAGAGUGAUGAAGAAAGAAGUAGUGAUAGUGAAAGUAAUAGCGAUGCUGAUAGUGAAAAAUAGAAAGGAUCUAAGAAUAAAAAUGCUUAAAAAAAUGGAAAGAACUAUGUUGACUCGAGCAACAAUGAGAUAAUUUAUAAUAAUAUUUUACUAGAUACAGAGUCUCGACUGAUUUCUUCUUUUGAAUCUGCAUUUGUCUUUUGUAUGACUUGGUCUUUAGCUAAUUAAAUAAAAGAUUCUUAUCAAUAAACUUAUAUAGAAUUUUUAAAUGAGUAAAUUGAAAGAUAUUGCAGGUUUAGGUCUGAAUACACGAACGUUAAAUAUACAAAUGAAUCAUAUCCAUUUGCUAUUGAUUUAAGAAUAUUGCUUAAAGAAAAGGAUGUUAACAUAUUUGAUUAUAUUUUUGAUAUUCAUAAACAAAAGUGGAUUAAAUGGAGGAAUUUUUAUCUUGAAGAAUGCAGUGAAAUAAGUGGAUCUUUUGAAUCAAACAAUUUAAAUAACAGAGAAAUUGUUAGAUUAAACCCCUUAGCAAUUAGUAUAGUCAACACAAAGCUGACAUAAGAAAAAAGGGAGGUUUAUAUUCCAGAAAAUAUUCUUUUUAUAGAAACAAGAGCGUCCAAAAUCACAAAAUUCUUUAUACAGUAUUUUUCUGCAUACUGUAAGCCUUAUAUUUUAUUAGCCUAGUAAUCUAAUGGUAUCACAUCAAUAAUCAAAAAUAAGCUUAAAAAUCUCUUAGAGCAUCAUUCUUUUAGCUGCAUUAAUAACUCGAUUUCAAGAGGUACCACAAUAAGCAGCUUUUAAAGAAGAAUUGAAAAAAAUUUAGUUUGGAAAAAUAGUAAUCAUCUCACUUCAAUUCACUAAACCAUCAGUCUAAUCUUUAUUGAUGACCUUAAUUUAUCCAAAGAUGGAAUUUCACCUAUAGGUGCAAUCAGGUCUCUUGUGUAGCAUGAUGGAUGGUUUAGUAAUAAUAAGUUUAAGUUUAUUAAUUUUAGUAUGAUAACACUAUUAGCUGUUUUUUCAUACUUUGAUAUAAACUCUAUUCAACCUUCAAUUAACACUGUACUUUUCGAAAAAAUUUCUUCUUUAAAAGUACCAGAUUUAGAAAAGAAUGAUAUAAUCAGCAUCUUCUAGCUUCACAAUAAUUCUAUUAACCAUCCUGGCAUGAAGGCAAAUAAAAAAGUUACAGGCAUCAUUUAGGACUUUUGCUCAUUAAUUGGUUUAUUGAAUGACAAAUACAGAAGCGAAUUUAAGAAAAUUUCAUGCUAAUUUAAUGCAAAUUUAUCAAUAAGAAAAGGAUUAGAAAUUGUUAAAAAUCUAAAUUCCUUUUAAUUUUAUGACAAAAGUACAAAAGCAAUCAAUUACGAAAAUUUAAUUAAAUCAUUAGUAUUUUUAAUUAAUUAAUUCUACUCUUCUGAGUUUAUCCAUCAGCCUUAUCCGAAUAUGGGCAGUCUUGAAAAAUUAAAAAAUUAGGUAAAGGAAAUAGAUCAAAUAUCUCUCAAAACUAUUUCAGAAGCAGUAGAUAAAUAGAAUAGUCGUAUAGAAAAUAAUUAAAGUUUGGAAGAAAAACUCUAAGAAGAAGAUGAAGAAUAAAGCGAUGAUGAUGAUGAUGAAGAAGAAGAUGAAGAUUCUGAUUCUUCUGAAAUGUCACAGAACGCUGAACUUUCAAAAUAUUCUGAUAACGAUAAUGCACAGUCAUAGAAUUAAUAAAGCAAAAACAAAAACCCUAAUUAGAGGAAAAAUAAAAAUAUAAUUAACAAAAAAUUUAAAAUCUUAAACUUAAAUUAAAUUGAUGAAAUUAGAAAGAACUUUAAUUUUUCAUCUGACAAAAAGAUUGAAUGGUUUUUAGGCAUGUUAGACCUUCCUUAAAUUGAGUUCAAGGUGGAUGAUUAAUAUUCUUAAGAUAUAUUAGAAAAUUAAAAGGAACAACAGUAACAAAAGAUAAAUUCUCCUAACAAGAAACUGUUGGAUUAAGAAUCUUACUUUGUUUCUAAUUCAGGUUUAGAAAAGCAAUCUUCAAAAUUUAAAAUAGCGUAUGAAGACAAAAAAAAUAAUAAUAAGGGUGACUAUUCAAUUCAUGUAUUAGAUGAAAGUAAAUAAGAAGAAUCAAGUGUUAACUCAAAGGAAGUAGAAGAUGAGUCUUUAAGUGAUUUGUAUGACUACAGUGCUACUUUAAUUACUUAGUUAGCAUUGAAAAGCGCUAAGCUUCUACCUACAACUCAUUAGAAUCAAGAAAAUACUGAUUUAAACAUUCUUUAAUUUAAAUAGCAGUAGGUUUAAUUAGAGGCUUAGAAAUAAGCUAAAAUAGAAGAAAGAAGAUUCAUUUAGCAAGAAAAAAAAACAGGUAGUUAACAUUACUAAAUUAGUAGAGAUGUUACUAAUGCGUAAAAGUUGUAGUAUAUAGGCAAUUCAAACUAGAUUUAAGGUAUUACUUCUUUGCAAAAAACAGAUGAGAUCCUUUAAAAGCUCUAAAAUGUAGAAUUUAUGUUCAGUUUCUUCUCUACUCUACCAGAUUAAUUUACGAUAGAAUUAACAAGCCAAGUUGUAUAAGAAUUACUUUUAGCAUAGUAAGCUGAAAAUAACUUAAAAACUCAAAGGACGAUUAAGAGCUAAAAAAAAUAGAGAGGCAGUGUAUCAGUUGAUUUAUGGAAAUAAAUUUUAAAAUAAAGACAGGAUAUUCUUUUCUUUAAUUUAUCACUUAUACAUAAGAAUAAAUUACUAACUGAUCUUAAUCAAUAAAUUUCCAAGUAAAAGACAAAAGAUUUAAAUGAAGGUGCUUUAGGAAUAAAAAGCACAGCUAAAUUGGCUAAUUUGGAAAUGAAUUUAUUUGAAGAGCUUGAUUUCAUUUAUUUAAAUGAUAAAAGGAGAAAAAAAAUACUUCUGUUUUUAGUUUAAAAGCUAUUAUAAUUUUGCUUUGAUACAAACUAAGCAUAGAGUAUUGAAGGAAUAAAUAAUAAAAGGUAGAUUGAUCUUAACAAAAUGUUUGAUGACUUUUAACAAAAGUAGCUUAAGAAGGGAAUUCAUAAAGCCAAACGCUCAGAUAGUUUCUUAAAUACAAAUAUCGCGAAGUUAUAAAGUUAAGAUUCUAUAAAAGAUAAAAGUUAAUUUUCAUUAUCCUAAAAUAACAGUAAUUAGGUAGGUAUAGUUAAUUAUGCAUCAUCUAGUAUAAACAUUUUGUAAAAUCCUUUGGUAUCUGCAAAGAAAAAAAAUAAAAAAGAUGUAUUCAAAUUUAGUACAUAACAAAUGGAAGAGAUCUAAAAUUUAAAGAAUAAUACUGUUAAUUAAGAUCCUUUAUAGUCAACAGAAAGAAGUAAUAUGUAAAUAUACACCUGGAGAGGAGGAGAUUUACUAGAUUUUGUUUUAAUACAAGAAGUCAAUAUUAAUUGUUUCCUAACUCACGCUAUUAAGUUAAUCCACUUACUAUAAUCUAGUUCUCAAAAUAUCUAUUUGAAAUCCACUCUUUCAUAACGUAUAACAGAGCAUCUUGUGUAUUAUAGUUGUUCUUUGUUGAAUUUCAAUGCAUUUGAAUUUACAAUUCAAAAUGAAGAAAGCGCAAAUAAAACUUAAUAGAGAUUCUAAAAUUGCCUAUUUUCUGCAAUCCAAAAUCUAUUUAUCGAAGAAAAUUAGAUGAUUAUCAUUUAUAUUAAAUUAUCAAGCAAUUUACUUGUAUUAGAUGAAAAAAUUUAAGAAAAUUAGCUCGAUGAAACAGAAGAUCUAAAUAAAAAUUAAAAAAAUGCAUAAAAACUUAGACUUGAGUCAAUAAGUAACAUUUACGAUAUCAUUAAUCACAUAGUAGAAGGAGGAGAAGUUUAAUCUUUAUUUACAACUUAGUAAUUAGAAUUUUUAAUGCAAAAAUGGAACAUGAAAACUAAGUAUCCUCGUUUCAAUAAUUACAUCCUAAAUUAUAUAUUUAGUUUAAGACUUAAAACUCAAUUGCGUUUUAUUUUACAUUAUGAUCUCCAAGUAAGAUAGGACAACACCUUAGAAUGCUUAUAAAAUGAAUUUAAUCAUAUGUUUUAGUAAUUCACAAAAUUAAAUAUUUAUUACAUUCCACUUUCUGACGAUGAAUCUAAUCAAAUUCAAAAUAUGCUUUUUGAAGAAAUGUUUAAGUACAUUCCUGAUUUUAUUAAUUCCAAGCACAAAGCUAUGGUAAUGUAAGCGUAUUCAAAAGAGCUGGAAGUAUAAAAAAUAUUUGAAGAUUAUUCAAAAUAAAAUUUCUAAAGAACAUAUGAAGAAACAUACAGUCUAUUUUAUAUAACAAGAAGUGUUGUUUACAAUUAAAUUAGGCUUAAAAUAGAAAAGCUAAGAAGAAAGGGAGGAUUUUUCAAAAUUAUUCAAGAAAUGGAGAAGAAGUCCAUAGAAUUUAGGAUUGAAAUAGAAAAUGCUGAAUAAGAGUUUGUAAAAAUUAAAGAAACAAAGAAGUAGCAUCUCAGAGAAUUAAAAGAGGCAGAAGAGAAAUUUUAAGAGCUUAAAAAUUUAGAGGAGAGCUAUAACUCCAAAGAAAAAAAUUUGUAGGACCUUAUCGCAAAAUGUACUCAAAUAGAAAAUUAAUUCAAAGCGAUUUAAUCUUAGAUGAAUGAAACAGCUUACAAAAUUUCUAAAAUAAGCAAAAAUAGCUGGAAUGAUGAAAUUAAGCCUACUUAAUUUGUACAAAUCAAAUAAAUGACUGUUUACAUUCUUAUAUUUUUGAUUGGUCUCCAUAGAAAUAUUCCAGAUAGAUACAACAUAAAUAUGCAGCAGCUUGCAGAUGAUAUUGUUGAUAGUAUAGACGAAGUUAAUAAAAACUCUAAUAACUUCAAUAAUAUUGAUCUUUAUAGAGAAAAAUUCUAAUAAAUUAUUUCAGACAGUGAUGAAUUCAAAAAUAUAAUUACUACUUUUAAGGAUGAACACAUUAAAAGUAACACUUUUGAUCUUUUUAAGUGCUUAAAUAAAGAAGGAGGAUCUGUAGAUCAUGGACAUAUGAUAUCUCUGACUGGAAAUUUAAAUAUUCACCAAAGAGAAAUAUUGAAGUAUAUAGAUUUUAUUAUUGAAAUGUACAGAUUAACUUUAGAAGUGAGAAACCUUCAAACUAGCUCAACAGAACAAAAAGAAAAUUUGAGACAGCUUAAAGCAGAAAGAGAAAAAUGUCAAAUUGAAUAAAAUUUUAUUAAACCUCGUUAGAUAAUAAAGGAUCAUCCUACUUUGAUAGAAAAAAUGAAAAAAGAGCAAAGAAAUCUAAUGGUUCAUAUAGUUUAAAAGAAGGAUGGAUAGCAAUAAUUUAACAACCAUUUAGAAAAGUUUAAAAUGUAAUUUAAGCACUUAGUUAAUGAAGAAAGUUGCCAAUUAAUUAAUAAUUCGUAUCUUUAAGAAAUAUCAAUACAAUUAGCUUUAUAAGUUACUUUUCUCUUUAAAUACCCUUUCUAUUUCUUGAAUAAAUUUUAAGAGCUUAUUCAAGAUUGCCUCUAAAAGAGCUAGCAUUUAAAAAAUACAAAGUUAUUUAAUGCUCUCUAUAAUCCAUUAUACUAUUUCUAAAUUUUCUCAUACUAAAUACCUCUUAAUUAAGAUCUCGUAGACAAGAUUACCAUUACAGAUUUCUUAUAUGAAAAUGAUUUGUAUUAUUACUUUUGGGUUAAUGAUAAAACUGGACUUUACUAGUAAUAUUUUAAGAAAAAAUACGAGAAAACUAUAGUCGUAGAGAGCAAUACACUUAUUGAAAAGGAAUCAUAUUAAAAUAUAGAAAAAGCUCUUUAGGAAGGAGGUUUCUUGCUAAUGAGAAAUAUUGAUGAGAAAACAAUACAACAAAUUAUGCCAAUUAUUGAAUGGAAAUACAAGAGAAUGAUGAAAUUAUUAAGAUUUAUGAUACAGAAUAGCGAAGGUGAAUAAAUUUGGUAAAAAUAAAAUAUUGACCCUAACCAGAGCUUACUAAAUUAUGAGAUGCAGUGGCAUAACUAAGCGUUGUUUGAUUUUAAUGAAUUAACUCGAUAACAACCUCUCUUGUUUAAUGGCAAAGAAAUUACAGUAAAUAAAAAUUUUAGGCUUAUGCUGAUCACUACCAAUAUUAAUUUUUCAUUUUCACACUCUAUCUUUACAAAAAUAAUUCUACUGUAAUGUGAAGUAGAAGACGAAAUUUAAUGGAAAUAAGCCAUGUUUGACCAUGCUGUUAAUAAUUUAAAUUUUGAAGCAAAAUAAAACUAAGUUUAAAUGAAAAUAGAUCACUACACCAGUAAGAGAGAUAAUAUGUCAAAAUUAUUCAGCUAAAUUUCUAUUGGCUUAGAGAAGUGUACUACUUGCGAGGAUACAGAAUUUAUGAGGAUGUUAAUCGAUAACUCAGAGUAAAUUAAAAAAUAUAUUGGUUCUUAGUAGAGCGAUUAAUUAAAUGCACCAAUUAUUAACAGAGGACAUAGUGAUGAAGAUGUAAGCUCUCCUAAAAGAAUAAUAAAAGAACUCGUAUAGGUAGGAGACAACCAAGGUAAUAAAAAUAAUUUAAUUGAAAAAAUUGAGUUAGAAUAAGAUGCUGAUGAAGAAUAGCAAGAACUAAAGACUCAAGAGUAAGAUAAAAAAAUAAAUGAUUUAAUUAAUAUGGAAAUUAACUAAGAGUAAGUAGCUUAAGAAGAUUAAGGAUAGGAUCAAAAUGAAAAAGGUUCAUAAAUAAUCAAGAAAAGUAGAACAAUACAAGCAUUAGAUUUGCAAUCAGCUUAGAAUAUAGAAGGUACUCAAACAAAUUAAUAAAAUAGUAACAAUGAUAAUCAACAGAAAUAAGCAAAUUUAUUACCUUAAGUCUCAGCUACUAGUAUUAGAAGAAGUAUGACAAUAGGCGCUGAAACAAUAAAGAAUCUAUAAAUUAUUGUUGACUUUAACAAACUUAAAUAAAAUGAAUAGACGACCCAAAAGGAAUAAAAAAGACAAUUGAAAACUUAAAAAAGUUUUGCUAAAAAUUUGUAAAAGAAAAGAAAAAUACUGCAAGUUUAAACUUAAAAACAAAGAGAAAGAGAAAACACAAUUGGAUUUAUUGCUUAAAAUUAUUUCUAAUUAGAUGAAAUAACUCUUUAGAAUGGAUGCUUAUAAGAAAUUUUAGAUUUUCUUUAUGCAAUUAAACUCAAUUACAUCAAUUUAGAAAAAGCGUUGGGUAAAGUCUAUUCUUUCUCUGAUAUUUUCUUUUUUAUGAUUGUCUAACAAGCUUGUGUGAGGUGCAAAUAAUUAAAUGUAACUCCCUCUUCUUAUUCAUCCCAGCCAUCAAAAAUUAAAAAAACAUUCAUCAAAAAGUUCUGUGAAACGGUAUUCUAUCUUUUAUAUUCAAGUUUAGCUGAUGACCAUCGCCUUCUAUUCAGUUUUUAUCUCAGCAUGAUGUAUUCUAGAGGAACAAAGAGUUUUUCUGAAAAAGAAUGGAGGCUAUUUUUGAACUGGCAAAUUCCUAAGUUAAGCUCAUAAGCUGAAAAUAAUGAUGAGAAUUUAUUAGAAAUGAUUUUAUAAGAUGAAUAAAAUAAAACAGCAAAAAAUAGGAGACAACAUGCAGAAAAAAACAACAAAAUAUCUUUGAAACAAUAAUACUAAAUGGAUAAAAAUAAUUAUAAUAAACUAAAUUCUAAGAUUAUAAACUUUUACAAAAUACCUAACUAUAUUAUUGCUCCCCUUUAAUGCUAUAUUUAAGAAAAAUAAAGUCUUCUUGAGAAGUUUGUUGAAAGAAAGGAGCUACUUGUUGAUAGCAAAGAAAAUUCUUUUUCUAGAGGUGGUUAUUCUCCAGUAGCAAAAAUACUUGGUUUAAAAGAGAAAAUUUUAAAAUAAUAAUACAUUGAAAAAGAAAAAUAAGAAAUAGAAUAAAGAGGGCGUGCAAGCACUCAAAGUAUAAGUGAGAGUCCUCAUAAUUCUUAAAGGUCACAAAGCAAUAAUUUUUCAUUAGUUAGUCGCCAAAAUUCAAGAGAUGAAUCGUUUUAUAAAAGCUCAUAUGAUUCUUCUCCUUCUAAAUAAAAUGAAUAUAAUCCUUUAUUUAAAAAAUUCUUUGAUAGAUAGGAAUUAAAUUCUCCAACAUAAAUAGAUGAAGAUGAAGUAAUAGAAAAUGAUACCAAAAAGUAUAAUAGUCCAUUCAAAACCUCAAAAUCAAUUAUGAAUAACUCUGUUUAAAAAUUAACUGCAAGAGUUCAAAUGGGCGACUCUAUUAAACCUAAAAGCGAAUUUAAUUUUAAAAAUAUUUAACCCUAAGUUAUAAUGGAAAAAGUUUCUAAAAAGUUAAUUCAUUUAAUGGGUAAAGAGCUUAUUGAAAAAUUUAUAGAGUCUUACAAUAGCUUUUAGGCCAAGAACGGAAUUAAGAUAGCAGUCAAUAGCUUAGUUGAUUAGCCAGAUUAAUGGAUUGAAUUCUUUUAGAAAAGUCUAUCAGAGUAUGAAAUUAAAGAUGAAAUUUUGAAAGAGAUAAAUGAAGAAAUAAAAUAAGAAAAUUAAUAGAACUAAGGAGAAGACAUUUAGGAAGAUGAGGAUGACAUAGAAGAAGAUGAAGAUGAUAAUUAAGAAUAAAAAAAAUAAAAAUUAUAUCAAAACUACAGCUUUAAUUCAAUAAAAUACAUUCCUUUUUUACCAAAAGAAAUACUUUAAAACUGCUCUAAUCUUUAAUUGCUUUUUAUUUUUAAGCAUUUCAGACCAGACUUUUUGCCUUAAGUAGCAGAAUACAUUAGCCAGAAAAUAUUGAGAAGUUAUAUAGAUUAUGAUCAAGCUCCUUUCAGCUUAGAAAAUCAUUGCGAAUAAGAUUGGUAAAGAAGACCAACUAUUUUACUUCAUGAUCAAGUUUAAAACAGAAUAUAUGAAAAAUUAGAGCUACUUUAAUCUAUUUAAAACCAUGAAAAUUAACUGCUUAGAAUAGCUUUAGGGUACACAUCUAUAAAAAGUAUCAUUGAUUAAAUCAACUAAGCUGCAGGUGCUGGAAGAUGGAUAUUACUGGAGGAAAUUGAGCAAAUGGAAACAAAUGAUCUCAAAUAUUUACUAAAAUCUCUCGAUUAAGAACUAGAAGCUAGCACAACUACAAAUUCUUUUAGAGUUUGGAUAACACACUCAUCAACUUUAAGUCGACAAAACUCUCCUUUUUAAUUUAAACCUUUCGACUUUAACAAAAAUAGCGAAAUUUUAUUAGCAUACUAUCAAACUUGUUGGAAAAUUUAUUAUACUACACCUAAAAAUGUCCAAUAAUCAAUGCAGAGAUACUAUUUUAGGAGUAUUCAUGAUUACAGAUACAAUUCAGAACAGCCAAAAGUUUAAAAUACAAAGACGAAGCAGGGUAAAGAAGCAGACUAAUACAUCACCAAGAUUGAAAAAGAAAUAACUAUCAAGAAAAAUAUGAUAUAUAGCAAUGUUGUUCAAAUGAUGAGAAAGCAUAAUAUUAGAUAAGGAUUAAUUCCUUAUCCAUUUAUAGAAACAAUUGAUGAUGGCUUUUUUAAUAAUUAAUCCUCACUUUCUGUUGCUCAGUAAAUCACUUCACUUAGUCCUAAAUAUUUGAAUAUAUUUAGUCUGAUAGACUAUGCUGAUAAGAAAGCAAUCUCUCAUACUUAUUCUUCUCGUCAUAUCCAUAUUGACCCAAUUACUCAUGAAAAGGAAAAUUACAAAACCAUCUUUAAUAGAUUUCAAAAUAAGUUCAAAUUUAGUUUAGCCUUUUUGCAUAAUUGUUUAGGAAGAAAAAGAGAAUUGACUAACACUAUUUUAAAGAGCUACGAUUCUUAACUAGAUCAAAAUCCUCGUGAAAUAUUUGAAACAGAUUUAGAUUUUUAACAAGAAAUCCAGUCAGUAUUUAACAUUUUAUAAUACUAUCCCACUAAUUCUAAGGCUUUCUUAGAAAACUAUUUUAAGAUGAUAUAUGGCUACAACAAUCCAUACUAUAUUAACAUGAUGCUUCACUUUGUAUUCAGUAAUAUGGAAGGCACUGUAAAGCUGAUUGUAAAGGAUUAAUCAUAUCUUUUAUAUGAUUUUAAUACAGGAGUUUUUGACUAUGUGGAGGAAGGAAUCACCAAAAUAUUAGCUCUGUAGUUCCCAACAAAAUCUGACCCCUUAGAUUUAUUUUUCUCUAGCUUUAACAGUUCUCUGGUUUAAGAUUAUGCUAAAUCAAAAUAAUUUAUUCGUAAGAUAAAUUUAAUAGAAGAUGAAUGGUUGUCUAAUCCUUUAGUAAAAAGCCUUAAGUAUUUAGAAAAAAUUAAGAAAAUCUAAUAAUUCAAUGAUAUUUAAAAAGAUACUAUUUUGAAAGAUAUCAAUUUCAAAAAAUAAUAAAAAACUAGAGCUUCUGGUGAAAUAUAAUUUAAUUCAGGUAUUUUAUCACCUAUUCCUCGUUCAAACAACUCAGGACAGGCUAAUAUCCAAAAAUCUAAAACUCUAUAAAAUAAAUUUUAGAAUUAGUUUAAUUUAAGCAAGUAAACAGAUGCUAACCUUAAUAAGUAUGAUAGUGAAAAAGUAUUUGAUAUUUCUUCAAAUGAAAUCUUCAGAAAACCCUCAAUCGCUAAUUUGGUAGUUGAGAACUCUUCAUAAAAAUUACUGAGUUUGUAAUAAUAAAUGACAUCCUAAUAAAUUUAAGAAAAUAGAAGGAGUGUAAAAAACUAGUAACUUAAACUCUUUACAAAAAAUCCUUCAUUAGGAUUAUUAUUUGGAAGUGGAAAUGAAUCAAAAGAAUUAUUAAGUCCUUAGUCUCCUCCAAUUCCUGAGCUUUUACCACACUUAGAAAAUAAUGAGGAAUUGAAUUUUGCACCAUUGCAAAAAAGUGUUUCUUACAAUUUUUCAUAAAAUUACGAAUUUGAUUAGUUGGAAGAGUUAAUAAAAAAGAUAUCACAUUAAUAAAAGAGUUUCUUUAAAGUAUACUACAGAAAUAUCAUGAGUUCUCAUGAAAAAUAUAAAGACAUUAAAUCGACUUUAGAACUACUUUUGAAGAAUCUUAACUAUGAAUUCCAUCUUAAAAAUAUUAAAUUUUUAAAAUAUCAUUAAAAUGUUAAAUUCUCUUACAAACAGCCAGAGGAAUAUCCUGAAUUUAUUAAACAGUGGGUGACUACUUAAAAAGAUUUAGAAAAUUAAGGAGAUUUAGUCAUUUUUAGAUCUAAGUAAAAUAAGAAUCUCCAAUAUGCUUUUGCUUUAUCUCCAAAUCUAAGGAAAAACUCAGAGCUUCUUUAGUCUCCAAAGAGAAGUUCUUUGUAAUUAAGUUUUUCUCCUCAAUCUACCUAGAAUCGAUAAAUCACCUAAAUGAGCUAAUCACCUGCGAUGGGAAGUUUAUUUGGAGGGAAAUCAUCAUUUAGUGAGAAAAUUAGAUAAUCAAGAAGAGAGUCUACGUCAGCUCAUAUUUUUUAGGAAGAAUAAAAAAAAUAUAUGAAAUAAUAAGAAAACUAAAAGAUUAUAAGCAGCAGAAGAGAAAGUAGUUUGAAAUUCGGAGAUCUAGGAGGAAUUCAUAGAGAUGUUGUAUUAUAGGAAGAAAGUGACAAAGAAAAAUCAAGUGAGAACUCAAGUAAUUCUAGUGAGACAAGUUCAGAUGAAUAGAGCUCAGAUGAUGUUGAUAUUAUCGAAGAUGUUGAAAAGAAUACUUUUAAAACAACUAUUUUAAACGAAUGUAUUAUUUUGUUUAGAUUAAUAAUGCAAAUGAAGACUGACAUUAGAAAUGUUCUAGACUACAUUAGCAACCAAUUCGAUUUAUAACCAUUAGGAUAAAGAAACUACUUGAAACAGUUAAUAUAUGAUAUAUAGUAAAAUACCAUUCCUGAAACUUGGAGAAAGCUUAGCUUUAAAAUUUUCUAAAGAAAUUUGGCUAACUACCUUUCUUAGCUCUUUUAAAAAAUUUAGUAUAUUUAAAUUUUAGUGGAAAGAGGACCUAACUUAUAAAUUCCUACUGUAAUUUAGCUUGAUAGAUUAGUUGAUUCCCAUACUUUCUUAGGGUCUUAUUUAUAUAACUAUGCAGAAGCAAAUAAUGUUGAUAUUCAUUAAUUGAAAUUUGUUCUCCAAAAGACUACAUAUGCUGAAGUAUAAAAAAAUGUUUAGCCUGAACAUGGAUUCUAUAUCAAAGGUUUAUAUUUAACUAAUGGCGCAGUUCACAAAGAUAAUUUAUCUUUAAUUGAAGAAGAAAUAAGGCAGUUCUAAAGUGAAUUUCCUGUUUAUUUACUAAAAAUAGAAAGAAAAUUGUCAAGUAGAUAAGAAAUAUACAAAAAUAUAUCAAUCAACUAUGAAUAAUCUAUAGCUAUCGAGCUUAAUGAUCCAGGUACUCAAGUCUUAAGAUAUGAUAUGGAAAAUGAAUUUUUGUUCUAGCAAUUACAUCCUAUAGAUCUUUAUAAUUACGAUGGAACUUAAAUAAAUGCUGAAACUUCAAAGUUAGAGUAAAAUAAUAUUAACUCCUUGACAAAUGCUAUGUCUUAAGGUAUAUAAGGAGAAAAGAGAGGCAGCAUUUAAUAGAAAAAAAAUGUAAAAGGUAAGUAAAGAGCUUAAAAUUCAAUAAGCCCAACAAAAGGAAAUGAACAAUAAAAAGUCGAUAACACAAAUAAAGACGAUUUUAGUAGCUAUAAGCAAGCCUAAUAAAAUUUCAAUAGAUUAGCACCAAAGGAGCUCAAAUUUAAUGAUAUUUAUUCUUAAUCAAAAUAUAAUUUUGUAAUCAAAAUACCUUUCAAAAAUCCCUGCACUUCUUCUUCAUAUUCUUACAUGCAGACGAAAUACUAUUUAUAUCUCAACUCACGUAAGCCAUAAGACUUUUGGGAAUUGAAGGGAACAACUCUUUUCGCAUAAAAAUAGACAUUUUGA